CCUCAAAUCGGACGGGCACCAUCUUUCUGGUCGAAACCCUUGAGAAAACCUAAUACCAUGUAAGAGGCCAGGGGACACUACAAAGGAGGUCCUGAAGCUGCCUUCCCCCAGGAUAAGAGAGAGGAGGAGAAGAGGGUUUGGGCUUCCGAUCAGCGAUGGGGGCUUACAAGUAUGUCUCAGAGUUGUGGAGGAAGAAACAGUCUGAUGUGAUGCGAUUUUUGCAAAGAGUGAGGUGCUGGGAAUAUCGUCAACAGCCUUCAAUUGUUCGCCUCACUCGUCCAACCCGUCCUGACAAGGCUCGCCGACUUGGCUUCAAAGCUAAACAGGGAUAUGUUGUUUACCGUGUUCGGGUUAGACGUGGUGGGAGGAAGAGGCCUGUGCCAAAGGGUAUUGUCUAUGGUAAGCCCACAAACCAGGGUAUUACCCAACUUAAGUUCCAGCGGAACAAGAGAUCAGUUGCUGAAGAAAGAGCUGGCCGCAAAUUGGGUGGAUUGAAGGUUCUCAACUCGUACUGGGUGAACCAGGACUCGACAUACAAAUACUAUGAGAUCAUCCUUGUUGAUCCAGCCCACAGUGCCAUCCGCAACGACCCUAGGAUCAAUUGGAUCUGCAAACCAGUUCACAAGCACAGAGAGCUCCGUGGGUUGACAUCUGCUGGAAAGAAAUACAGGGGCCUUCGAGGAAAAGGUCACCUGCACCACAAGGCUCGUCCCUCUCGCAGGGCUACAUGGAAGAGGAACCAAACCUUGUCCCUUCGCCGCUACCGUUAGUACUGGUCAUAUCAAUGUUCAGCUCGGCAGUCUGUGUUUGUCAAGACUUUGUUUUUGUUUUUUUUUUUUGGCACAAUUUUGCGGGAGCUUGAUCAUCCAUCUUUGAAAUUUCUAGCUUUGUAGGACUCGGCGAGGGUUUUUAUAUAUGUUACUCAAUGCACAUUUCCUUUCAAUUUAGCAAACCUUGGGUUGUGGUCUA